UAAAGCCGUAUCCAACUCACGGGGCGCCGCCAUUUUAACUUCCUCUUUCAAAGCAGGCGAGCACGUCGCACCGUGCUCGUUCUAGGAAACGCUCCCUCGUUUAGCUUAACGUCCUGAUUCAUCUUGUGAAACUGUCUCGCAGGGACCGAACCAACCGCCUCUGUUAGUGUCUGACCGCUUUGUGUCGGGUAGUUUCCGCCGGGGAGUCGCGAUGCCGAGCCACCCGCUGCGUGUAGCGGUCGUGUGCUCGAGCAACCAGAACCGCAGUAUGGAAGCGCACAAUAUCCUCAGCAAACGUGGAUUCGCCGUGCGUUCAUUUGGGACAGGGUCUCAUGUGAAGCUACCCGGUCCGGCCCCGGAUAAGCCAAAUGUGUAUGACUUCAAAACGACAUAUGAACAGAUGUACAACGACUUGGUCCGCAAGGACAAGGAACUAUACACACAGAAUGGCAUCCUGCACAUGCUGGACCGCAACAAGCGCAUCAAAUCGAAGCCGGAGCGGUUCCAAAAUUGCAAGGAUAAGUUUGACCUGGUCAUCACCUGUGAGGAAAGAGUGUAUGACCAAGUGCUGGAGGAUCUCAGCUCAAGAGAGCAGGAGACGCUGCAGCCCGUACACGUCAUCAAUGUAGACAUUCAGGAUAACCACGAGGAAGCCACGCUGGGCGCCUUCCUCAUCUGUGAGCUGUGUCAAUGUAUCCAGCACACUGACGACAUGGAGAAUGAAAUCGACGAGCUCCUACAAGAGUUUGAGGAUAAGAGCAACAGGCCUUUUCUCCACACGGUCUGCUUCUACUGAUGCACAAUAGAAUUUUGCAAUAAACAUAGUAGGCCAAGAUCACAAGCAAUCAAACAAUAGAGUAUGGACACGCAUACCUCCUGCUCUUCAGUUAUCUGAAACGCAGAAACAUGCAUAAUAAGUACACACACACAGCUUUGGGUCAGGACAUUACAAAUGGCUGCUCUCGGACAUAUUGGUGACGAUGGGUUUUUCCGUAAUGCAAAGUAUGGACUCGCUGCUCUCGCUCUGCCUUUAUUCCUCCGGAUCACGGUCAGGCCAAGGUCCUCCCUCCUUCCCAGUCCAGUGAAGUCACUCAAUCAUGUCUCCUCAGGGAGCGCUAUAACACCCACCCACCCUGGGCAAACAACCGCUUUAUGAGUCCCCCUGAUUUUUUGUUCACAACGGCAUAUUGAUGCUGAUUUUUUUUCUUCUAGAUAUAUAAUUGUAAUUCUUUCAAGCAUAUAUGUCUGAUUUUUUUCUGACCUGGUACAGUGUAAAUGUGUCAGAUGGGGAGGAGAAUUAUUUGAAGUGAAUGCAUUUCUUUUGUCUGGUAGGUUAGUUAGGAUUAAGUUAAAGUGGGUGGGUUGAUAGAGAAUAACCAAACCUAGACCUCUCUGAGGCUCUCCUCCUUUUUGUUUCCAAUAUAAUGUGUUGAUUCAUAUUUAAACUUGCAUAUGUUAUCUUUCAGGGUAUAGGAUUUUUUUUUCUUUUGUAAAUGUUAAUGAACUGAAGCAUUGUAAUUAUUUGCAAACUGCGAGCUCAGCUCAGAGUGCCUAAUUUUUCUGUAUGUACAUAUGAAUCCACUAAAGACAAAAUCAUCUCUAAGAAA